ACGAGACUUCGUGAAAUCCGGAUUAUCUGAUAUCGUUUCUUAUUUUAGUAUCGACAUAUUACUUCCGGCAAAAAGAAAUCGCUGUAUCCGUCGUCGAAGACAUACUUGUAAAAUGCCCCGCCGAAGUGAGAGUUCUAGUGACACAGAAACUUCCUCCGGGUCCAGCAUCGAUGACCGCCGUCGCAGACAGAGGAGCAGCAGUUCAACUCCUCCACGGAAACAAUCAAAAUAUAGCAGAAACUCACCUGACUAUAGUCAUAAGCAAAAGUCAAGGUCACCAGUAAGAAGGCAGUCAAGGUCACCAGUAAGAAAAAGAUCAAGGUCACCAGUAAGAAGGAGGUCAAGGUCACCUGCGAGAAAGAAGUCAAGGUCACCUGUGAGAAAGAAGUCAAGGUCACCUUAUAGACGAAAAUCUCCUUACAGACAGAGAUCAAGAUCACCAACAAGGAGACGAAGAAGGUCACCGUCUAAUUCUCCAACCAGACGGACGUCUCCAGAAUACAAGAAACCAUCAAGGAGGUCAAGAUCAAAUUCACCAAAUAGAAGAAAUUCAAGGUCACCAGAUUUCAAGACCCCUAAACCACCUAAUUGGAGAUGGGGAAAUGGAGCCCCUGAUGAAAAUGGCUAUGAUAGAGGUCAUAAUGGUCAGCAAAAUCGGUUUGGAGGUCAAGGUCGUGGAGGAAGGCAUAGUGGAGGUCAUGGGGGACAUGAAGGGAAGGGAGGAAGGAUGGCCAACAAUCAGCAAUUACCAGAAUUUCUAGACAGGAGACGAUGUGAGAGGGAACGCAUAGGUGUUUGUGGGGCUCCUGAAGUCUGGGGAACAUCUCCAAGUCAUUUAAUGGAUUCAGAGUCUGAAGAGGAAAACAAAAUUAAGAAGAAACAUAAGAAAAAUAAACAAGAAACAGAAUCAGAAUCUCUAAGUGAAAGUGACAGUUCUGACUCAGAAGAAGAAAGGAAAAAAAGGAAACAUAAAAAGAAAAGCAGUAAAAAGAAAAAGAAGAAAAGCAGCAAAAAGCACAGUAAGAAGUACAAAAAGGAAAAGAAAGCUAAGAAAGCAAGGAAGAAGUUUAAACAAAGUGAGAGUGAAUCGGAAAGUGAGAGCUCCGAAGAGGAAAUUGUCUGGGUGGAGAAGAAAAAGAGGCAAGAUGGUGAAGGUAGCGAUGAGGAUAUUGUUGGCCCUGUUGAACACAUGGAGUCAUCCGUCACCAAACAACUAGACUAUGGUAAGGCCUUGUUGCCAGGAGAAGGUGCAGCCAUGGCAGCUUACAUUGCGGAGGGCAAGCGUAUUCCACGCAGAGGAGAAAUUGGUCUCACUAGUGAUGAAAUUGUGUCGUUUGAGGAUAUCGGAUAUGUUAUGAGUGGAAGCAGACAUCGUCGUAUGGAGGCCGUGCGUCUACGUAAAGAGAACCAGAUUUACAGUGCGGACGAGAAGAGAGCUCUAGCCAAAUUUAACCAUGAAGAACGUUCAAAACGCGAGACAAAGAUUCUGUCACAGUUCAGGGAAAUGGUGCGAAAAAAGACAGGAAACAAGGACUAAUAUUAAAUUAUUAUGCGAGAAAGACAUUGUUGUGAUGAGGAAUCUAAUCAUCCUAUGGUGGCUGAUGAUUUACAUGAGGACUUGUCCAGACAUUAUAUUGACUUAAUAAAUCAUCGCAAAACAUUUGAACUGUACAGAUUCAACAAAGUCAUACAUAGUUGUACAUUAUUGAUGCAGUAAUAUAAUUUUGUUGAGAAUAAACAAUGUUUUAUAUGUAACU